CGGCGGUGCGUCCUGGCUCAGGAUCACCCGGACAUCGCCGCCUCGUGCGACCAGCUGGGGUCCCUGCUGCAGGAGGGGGGGAAGCUGGAGGAGGCGGCGGCGCUGUACGGCGAGGCUCUAGACAUCAGCCGACGUGCCCUCGGCGAGGACCACCCCGACACGGCGUCCUCCUGCAACAACCUGGCCGGGGUGCUGCAGGCGCUGGGCCGCCUGGGGGAGGCGGAGCCGCUGCUGAAGAAGUCACUGGAGGUCACCAAACGCACGCUGGGUGAGCGGCACCCGCACACCGCCACCAACUACAACAACCUGGGGGUGCUGUACCGCUCCAGGGGGGAUGUACGAGCAGCCCGGGAGAACUUCGAGGCGGCGUACCACAUCACCGUGGCGGUGCUGGGUAUGGAACACGCGGACACGGCCACGGCCACCUGCAAUCUGGCAGUCUCGAUGAUGGUGGGUGGGGGAUAUUAG